AUGCAUGAUGCUACUAAGCCAGACCCACCUCCAGAUGGUGAGGCUGUCGAGGCUGCUAAACCAGAGUCAUUUGGAGAAUACCCUAGAGAGUUUUCACUACUUCUUUUAUACCCAAACCAUACUGCUAGAAAUAUCUGGGACGAAGAGGACUGUGAUUCGCUGAAGAUUAUUAACCAUGGGCAGAAGAUUACUAGCUUGCCUCAACCGAAUGAGGAGUGGUUUUAUACAGCUUUGUCCCUAUCUGGGAUGAAGGACCUGUGCAUGACCGAUUAUAUAACGUCCAACCACUGGAUGCUUAAUGAAUUUGUGGAGAGAUGGCACACUGAAACCUCGUUAUUUCAUCUCCCACUUGGUGAGAUGUAUAUCACACUCGACGAUGUAUCGUGUUUGAUACAUAUUAUGAUAAGGGGGAACCUUAUAGAUCACGGGAGGAUUAAAAAAGACGAGGCACUCGAACUGAUGGUAAACUAUAUGGGAGUUGACCCAGCGGAUGCGAUAACGCAGAUGAAUAAUGUUAGACGAGGGCAACAAUAUAGAGAGGGGGAGGGGGUUGAAUAG